GUCUUCCACCUUUGGACUAGAGGCCUGCAGAGUGCCAAGGGAAGUAAUCCCAGAACCAAAGAAAAUCUCACCCACCAUUGUAAACUCUCAGUUCACCUUCUGUGUCUGAGGCAUCAUUGAAGCUGGAUGUGAAAAUGACAAAUCAGAGAGACCCUCAAUGUCUGCACAACCUAGCCUACCACCCACGAUGGAGGCACCACUCAGUUAAAGUGAUAAGAAAGAGGCAUAUAUGGACGGUGACUACAAAUAGUUUUGCUGGCUGUAGAAAGACUCAGCUAUCAUCAGCACCAUUAUCACUGUCAUCAAAAUCCUUGUCAUCAACACCACAGUUGCCAUCAUCCCCAGUGCAGCAAACCAGAAGAUCAAGGGGGAACUGGUUUUAUCUCCUAUUACUCAUGAUCUCAUUACUUCCUUGUCAAGCGUGGGCAACCACUUUCAAGGUGGCCCUGGUUGGACCUUGGACAUGUGACAUCUUAUACUCUAAGGCUCUCCCUGACUUGGCAGCCCGCCUUGCCACCAGCCGUAUAAACAAGAACCCCUACCUUAACAAAGGCUACUGGUAUGACUACACAUUGAUUAAUGAGGACUGCAAGUCAACUCGUGCCCUUGUUCGCUUUGCUGAUCUAGAAGGUUACGGUGCUGCUUUCUUGGGUCCUGCUAACCCAGGCUACUGCUCCUCUGCUGCUUUGUAUGCAAAAGAGUGGGAUGUUGGGAUUCUGUCUUGGGGUUGUCUCAAACCCAACAUGAAGACAAGAGACAUGUACCCUACCUUCCUAAGACCACUGCCAUUGUCUGCCCAUGUAAUUUUUACUGUGUUAAGGUAUUUUCGAUGGGCUCAUGUGGCCAUCAUCUCAGAAGAAACUGAUAUUUGGGAAGCCACAGGACAGGAGUUAGCCACUUCACUCAGGGAUCUUGGCCUACCUGUCAACCCUGUAAUCACAAUGGAGAGUGAUAAGGAUGGGCCUCGGAGAGCUCUGACAAGAGUGAGGGAAGCAGAUCGAGUUAGAGUAAUCAUCAUGUGCAUGCCCUCUGUCCUGAUUGGUGGCCAAGCCCAGUACCAACUCCUGACAACAGCCUUAGCUAUGCGUAUGAUAGACCGUGGCUAUGUUUUUAUUACCUAUGACACGCUUCUGUAUUCCCUACCAUACAAAGACGCAAACUACUACAUGCUAGGAAAUGAUACCAAGCUCCGAAAAGCCUAUGAUGGAGUUCUCACCAUCACCAUGGAGUCUGGGGAACGCGAUUUCUAUGAGGCCUUCAGAGAGGCUCAAAACACCUAUGAAAUCCGCAGCAGUACUCCACCAGAACAGGUUUCUCCAUUCUUUGGCACCAUUUACAACAUGAUGUACUAUAUUGCUAUGGCUGCUGAACAAGCCCGCACAAGUGGAGACCGUUGGGUAUCAGGUGCUGUCCUGGGAGAGAGUGAGGGAGGCUUUGAAUUUGAAGGAUUCAAUCAGCAGCUGCAGGCAGGAAGAAACGGUGAAGGGAUGCAGGCUGGCUAUGUAGUGCUGGACUACAGCGGCAUGGGCACCUCGCUCUACUCCACACAUUUUCUUCAUGGUAGUCACACAGACGGCAAGACAGGAGGCUUGCAAUAUCUUGGUCGCUCAGUUCACUUUGCAGGCAGCACUCCCUACACAGAUUCAAGUUGCUGGUUUAGCCCGUACUUUGCUUGCACUGGAGGGAUGGAUAUAAUCACAUUCUUUUUUCUAUUCCUGUUAUUCAUUUCUUUGGUGGGAGGUGUAGUAAACAUCUUUCUUUACUUGAAGAAACAAGGCAAAGUUGGGUUCAGCUUUGGGAGUAAUGGAAACGGUGGCUCAUCGAAGGUGAUCCUGACUCUUGAUGAUCUGGUUUUUAUCAAUACUCAAGUCAGCAAACGGAAGCUAAAUGAUGAAAGUAUCAUGAAAAGCCAAGGCGACAUGAAGACACCUCACCACUCUGUGUCUGGCCGUAGCUACCUAGCCUCCACUCCGGACAGUUCAAACGUUGCUGUGUUUGAGGGUGACUGGGUUUGGUUGAAGAAAAGUCCCACAGGAACAGUUUCUAGUGUGAAUGGCAGCACAGAGGUAGUCUUUGUGAAACUAAGGGAGAUGAGGCACGAGAACCUAAAUCUUUUCCUGGGACUGUUCUUUGACUCGGGGAUCUUUGGCAUUGUUACUGAGCACUGCAGCAGGGGAAGUCUGGAGGAUUUGCUGGGCAACGAAGAAGUGCGUCUUGAUUGGAUGUUCAAGUCUUCCUUGUUAAUGGAUCUGAUCAGGGGAAUGAAGUACCUGCAUCACCGCAGCAUCAUCCAUGGGCGGCUCAAAUCCCGUAACUGUGUGGUGGAUGGGCGGUUUGUGCUGAAGGUGACAGAUUAUGGGUUUAAUGAAAUAUUGAUUGCACAAAGCAUAGACACUGAUGAUGAAAAGCCUGAGGACUUGCUCUGGUCGGCUCCGGAGCUGCUGCGAGACCCAAGUCUAAGGAGGAAAGGAACUUUCUUUGGUGACGUUUACAGUUUCUCCAUCAUUGUGCAGGAGAUUGUCUCUCGCUCUUCGCCUUUCUGCAUGCUGGAUAUGCCUCCCAAGGAGAUUAUCAACAAGGUUAAAGACCCUCCACCUCUGUGUCGCCCCAUUAUAUCAGUGGAGGAGGCCCCUGUAGAAGUAAUUCAGUUAAUGAAACAAGCCUGGAGUGAAGAUCCGGAUAAGAGACCAACCUUUGAGGAUAUCUUCAAGCAGUUCAAGCACAAAGGAAAGAAGACUAAUAUUAUAGACUCUAUGUUGCGGAUGUUGGAGCAAUACUCCUCUAACUUGGAGGAUCUCAUCAGAGAGAGGACGGAGGAGCUCGAGCUGGAGAGACAGAAAACAGAUCAACUGGUGGCUCAGAUGUUGCCCAAGACUGUGGCCCAGGCGCUGAAGCUCGGCAAGCCCGUGGAGCCGGAACAUUUCAGUGUAGUCACGCUGUACUUCAGUGACAUCGUGGGUUUUACAACCAUCUCCGCGCUCAGUGAGCCCAUCGAGGUGGUCGACCUGCUCAACGACCUCUACACGCUUUUUGACGCCAUCAUCCCACUGCACGACGUCUACAAGGUGGAAACCAUUGGAGAUGCGUACAUGGUGGCCUCUGGAGUUCCCACCAGGAAUGGCAAUCGUCAUGCAGCAGAGAUGGCCAACAUGUCCCUUCAUAUUUUGAGCCUGAUUGGGAGCUUCAAGGCUAGACACAUGCCUGACCUGAAACUCCGGCUCCGUGUUGGCCUGCACUCCGGUCCAGUCGUAGCAGGAGUGGUCGGCCUGACGAUGCCUCGGUACUGUCUGUUCGGAGACACGGUCAACACCACAUCUCGAAUGGAGUCCACCAGUUUGCCUUACAGAAUCCAUGUGAACCAAACAACAGUUGAUCUCCUGAACAGCUUGAAUAUGGGAUACAAGAUUCAGGUCAGAGGUCUGACAGAGUUAAAGGGAAAAGGUAUUGAGACCACCUACUGGCUGGUGGGGAAGGAAGGUUUUAACAAGCCUCUGCCAGUUCCCAUCGAGACCAAAGACGGUGUCAAUCAUGGUAUCGGGCUGGAAGAGAUCCCUCCAGACAGAAGACAAAAAUUCCUGGAUCGACUGAAGAAGGCGAACUAGGCCGGGAUCAGGGGCUGAUGUUCGAGAUCUGGGAAAAGUCAUGUUUCUACCACGCCAAAGACGUGCGCGUAACGGGAAGCAGCAAACCCAGGAAACAGAAGCGCAUCUGGAACCAGUGAUUUUCACAUUAUGCGUUUUUUGCAUUAGUAGUGAGAUCACAGCACUUCAAUGAAGAAUCCAGACUCCUCUGUGCAAAAAGGAGGCAAGCAGAAAAGGAUCUUCAAUUGAUUUCACAUCAGUUGUUUUUGAACCAAAAAUGCAUAAAAUACAGCAAGGUCUUUCAUGCACAUAGCAGGUCUAAGGUGUCAGACAACCACCCAGAAAUAAGAGAUAUCUAGCACUGCGUACCAUGUGUUUGGUAGCUGUGCUUCUUUUACUGUACGUAUUCCUACUUUUGUGCGUUAUAAAGAUAUUGAUCAGAUUUUGUCAGCAGCCCAAAAGCUCAGUUCUCCCAACUGCACUUCAGAAGCCCUCAUUGUCAAAACUACACAUAUAUUAGACAUCAACUCCUAUUACUAUGAGUUUCAUUAGGAUUUAUUUAUCAGCGCCUGGCUCAGUCCGGGUAGUUGAGGAAUACUCCGGUCUUUGCAGUACAAAUCACAAAGUGGAGUAGAUUGUUUAUGUGGCAUUUCAUUUUGAAAUUAUCUAACAUAAUCUAAAAGAAGUAAACUAAAUUCCCCUGGUGUAAAGUAUCUGCAAAGACAGAACAGAAAACGCUUCAGGGACCCUCUCACCAUCCAGUACCUGUAACAAAACUGCCAAAAUGCUCCAUCCCACUGCUUCUGUGGUUUCAAGUCUUUUCAAAUGACAUGCCAGGGAAAGUGCUGGAGUCUAGCGCCCCCACCUGUUGACUGAAAAAUGGCUACAUUAGCUUGCACUUACAGAUUAGAUGCAUUUGUCUCCCCAAAAGUACCACCUAUAACUUUUAUUUUGGCAAGCAGUUAAAUCAAAUAGAUGUUUUUGAUCAUUUUAUGUUAAAUUCUCAUAUUAGUACCCUGAUACUGUAACACUGUGUUUUCAUUCAGGGUUAUCAUUUAGUGAGAAUUUACUGUAUGAUCUCAGCCUAUUGAGAACAUGCGUUUUAAGCACUUUCCGAAGCGACUCACAGUGUUGUUUUUGAUGGUGUGCAUACUGCUGUAAGCGCUGUAUCCUAUAUAUGGCCGCUUGGUUUCAUCAGUGCCGUUCCUCUAUAGGCAGUCUGUUACAGUAGCAUGCUUCAUGCAUGGCUGAUUGCAGGCCUUUAUUUAAUACAGCAUGUUUCUUCCACAAUGAUGCGCAGAUCUUUAGAGUCAAUUGGCUGAAAUGAUCGUUUCCCAUGCUCUGCUUCAGCGGGCUAAACUCGAUGGAUCUCCGUCGCUCAGAGGGAAAUGUCCGUGUGUCUUUUCUUCAACCUAGAACUUCUGCUUGGACUCCUCAAGGUUUUUUCUUUGGCUUAAUUUGUAUAUAAUGUAAAUGUGUACAUAGUUUGUGUCCUGCACAAUUAGGUUUUUUUUUUGUUUGUUUGAUUUUUCUGCUUGGAUUUCCUAAUUAUUUGACUGAACUGGAGAUGCAAACAAAUCCCAACGGUUCAGUCACAGUCUGCCACAAAUCUUAUACUGAUGUAUCAGCAGGCAGGCGAUGUCAAGUUAUGAACUUCUUCUUAAAAACAGGCUGCAGACUUUUUUUUUGGCAGCUUGCUGAUUAUCACUUUUGACCUUGCUGCAGUAGUUUAGUGUAUAGAGACAAAAACAAAAAACAAAAAAACCUGGACGCCUGAUGACUUAAUUAUCAGGCUGCAUAUGAUGUAUUACACACCAUUAACUGUUUAGCAGUUCUGACUCUUUCAAGCACGAUUAAACCCAUGACAAAGAGAAAAUCCUGAAUCAAGAUGAGCAACAUGGGAGGAGUGGUCUUUUCUUUCAUUGAUGGGUAUCUGAACAGCAACAUGAUUAAUCCUAUUUUAAAGGCAAUACCUGUUCUUUUUUUUUUUUUUUUUUUUUUAGAUUUAUAACCAAUUUGCCAAACAGGUAGGUCACGUCAAAACUGAAUGGACUGCAUUGUUCAUUUUGAAAGUGAUCUCAGUGUGUUUCUGUAAAUAA